AUGACCGAACAAGUCCAACAAGAUCAUCCUCAUUCGGAAAACCAACACCAAUCAAAUCACUCGUAUCCCGGACAUCAAACCGAUCAACACCCACUUCAACUAUCACCUCCUCCCCAAGCUGUGGAAUGCGUCAUUUGUCCAUCCCUGAAGUCGCAAAAUGAUUUUAAGGAGAUACUUGUCGUGAAGUAUCAUAAAAUCGCCCAAGUUCAAGAUGAGCUCAUACAGACUCAAAGAAAUCUGAUCAGGGAUUUGUUAUUGAAAUCACCUAUCAGUGCAUCGGGUGGUACGAGUACAACCUUUUUCCCUGGGGUCGCCUAUAACAACGGAACGGCUUUUAAUAACGGCGGUGUCACUUACGGCAACGGUGCAGCCUCUGCCUUCACUAGUAACGCUGGUGUUUUUGACAAUGGAGUGAGUUUUGAAAACAGCGGAGGGUUCAACGGAGAGAAUGGGUUCGAAAGUAAUGCUGGUUUCAAUGGCAGCACAAUUAGCGCCAGCGGAACCGCCAGUAACAAUAAUUUCAUGGGCGAUUAUGCUUACAACGUACCAUAUAUUGGAGACACGGAUUUGUAUGGGGAAACAAAUUUUCUGAAGACUUUAAAUCACGAUGUUCAACAAGCAAUUAGGAGUUCACCUCAAUGUUAUAAUCCCCAAGAGUGGCGUAGAAUUUACGUUGGUGCGGUGACAAACGACAUCGAUGAGAAGACCCUGAGAAAGAUCCUUGGGAAAACCUUUGGGAAAGUCACCUCGAUCGAGAUCGUUCGUGCUAGGAGCUGUGCCUUUGUAGAAUUUUGCUAUCAAGAAGCAUACCAACGCGCGAUCAAACAAGGCUUUAUCUACUUGAAUGGUGUUCGCGCAAAGAUCAAGAUGGCGCAUAGGCCUAACAAAAACAAAAGAUUCAACGGCGGAAAUAUGAGUAGGGGCAACUAUUGGAGAAACAACACAAACGGAAAAACCUCGGGGGCUGAAAUCAUGAACGGAGAAGGUUCGAAUGAAGGGGUAAAUGCUAAUAAUAGGACGACCGUGAAUGGAGCCAGCGUGAGUGGGGCUAGCGUGAGUGGUUCAAGCGUAAAUGGAGGAAGUAGUGUGAACGAAAAUUGA